CGUUCGCGCCCCCUUGUGGGAGUUACUGCUGUCGCGUGACGUCAGUUCAGCACCGGACGGGAGAACAGCUCCUCUCUCUCCCCCCAUCAUCUCCUCCUCCGCCUGCAAGCCGAGUCCCCCCCUAACGCUACUCCUCGACGAGGGCCGUUCGCCCGAUGGGACUCGUUCUGAAUCGGCCGAGCUCACUGGGACUCCUGAUAAGGAUAAAGAAGGGACACUAUUCGAGCGGAGAGGAUAAGACGGAGAGACAACAACAGCGCGGGCGGAAUCAGGAGGAAAGGAAAAAAAAUCUGAUCCCACCCCUCACUUGACAACGCGACAACAGCGAGCUGCUGAGAUACGGUGUUUUGGAAAACAUCAGCAUUUCCACCUGUUUGUGUGAACAUUAAGGACCACUAAUCUUGGGGGGCUCUUAGAUGAGUGUGGCCGCCCAUGGCUUGCGUCCAUGAGCAGUGUGCCCCCUCCCCCUCCCUUUCGGGAUUCAACACCCCAAUAUCUGAGACCCCCUAUCGCCGGCCAGACUCUGAUGUAACUGCUUGCACCCCUGAUACUGAACUAACCCCCACACAGUGUGUUCUCCGCAAUGUACUGUCGAUCGAUCCUGUCGGUGACGGGAGCACCACCCACACGCAAGGCAACAGCCCCACCCCUAGUGACGAGCCUGCCCAGUUCUCCAACAGCGUGCUGAAGCUGCAGGAGGGUGGAGCAGAGGGAGGAGCAGUACGCAGUCAAUCAGACAGCUUCAGAUUGCAGGCGGGAGGCGGGGGUUUUCUGGAGGGAUUAUUUGGAUGCUUAAAGCCAGUGUGGACCAUGAUUGGCAAAGCCUACUCCACAGAAAACAAACAGAGCCAAGAGGAAUCCUGGGAGGUGCCAUUUGAGGAGAUCUCGGAGCUACAGUGGGUGGGGAGCGGGGCGCAGGGAGCAGUCUUCCUGGGCAAGUUCCAUGGUGAAGAGGUGGCUGUGAAGAAAGUGAGAGACAUAAAAGAAACUGAAAUCAAACACCUGCGCAAGCUUAAGCACCCAAACAUCAUCACAUUCAAGGGUGUGUGCACACAAGCUCCAUGUUACUGCAUUAUCAUGGAGUACUGUGCACAGGGGCAGCUCUAUGAGGUUUUGCGAGCAGGGAGAAAGAUCACACCAUCACUGCUGGUUGACUGGGCCAUGGGCAUCGCAGGCGGCAUGAACUACCUCCACCUGCACAAGAUCAUUCACAGAGACCUCAAAUCGCCCAAUAUGCUGAUCACCCAUGAUGACCUGGUCAAGAUCUCAGAUUUUGGCACGUCGAAGGAGUUGCGGGAUAAGAGCACAAAAAUGUCCUUCGCUGGAACCGUGGCCUGGAUGGCACCAGAAGUUAUACGUAACGAACCUGUGUCAGAGAAAGUGGAUAUCUGGUCAUUUGGUGUAGUUCUCUGGGAGAUGCUCACAGGUGAAAUCCCCUACAAAGACGUGGACUCCUCUGCUAUCAUCUGGGGUGUGGGCAACAAUAGCCUGCAGCUGCCCCUACCUGAAAGCUGUCCUGAUGGCUUCAAGAUCCUCCUCAAACAAUGCUGGAACUGCAAGCCCAGAAACAGGCCGUCAUUCAGACAGAUUCUGCUGCACCUGGACAUAGCCUCAGCAGAUGUACUGUCCACCCCACAGGAGACCUACUUCAAAUCACAGGCUGAGUGGCGUGAAGAGGUGAAACAGCACUUUGAGAAGAUCAAGUCAGAGGGAACAUGUCUGCACCGACUGGACGAGGAGCUCAUUAACCGCCGCCGUGAGGAGCUCAGGCAUGCCUUGGACAUCAGAGAGCAUUAUGAGAGGAAGCUGGAAAGAGCCAACAACCUUUACAUGGAGCUGAAUGCUGUCAUGCUCCAACUAGAGCUGAAAGAGAAAGAGCUGCUCAGGAGGGAACAAUGCCUGGACAAGAAAUAUCCUGGACUGUUUAAACACCACCCCUCAAACACAGUGGACAAACUUAUUAAAAAGAGGAAUGUACCCCAGAAGCUGCCCUCUCAUGGCAAGAGACCUGACCUCCUAAGGUCAGAGGUCAUUCUCCCUAAAAUGGACCCAGGCGUGCUGCAGGUCACAGUUCCGUCUUGCCCUAAUCGAAGCUCUACAUCUCCAAGCCGUGCUCGCAGGGUUAAAACUCGCCAUCGUAGGGGUGGCCGAGGCAGCAGCGGUGACCUCUCAGGACCCAAACACCCCACUGGUGCCUCCAGCAGAGAGAGAGAGACACCCACGUCCACCACAGCAGCUCCCAGUGGGACUCCUACUACUGACCAAGGUGCAGGGACUGCUUCAAGAGGAAGUCAGUUGGACACUCCGCCUCUAAAACUCUCCUCCUCUAGUCCAGACCUGCUGUGCUCCACUCACGGGGCUGAGGGUGGAGCCAGUGGUGGGACUGGCAGUCUAAGUGAAGGUCUUGGAGGUGGAGCCAGAGGCACGACCGAAACGGGGGCGGGAGUGGACGAGACUCCACCGCGAAGUGACACGGCCAGCGAGGAUGCAGCGUCACUCCCUUUCUCAAGUAGCCCCGAUUCCCCCUGUGGGAGGGGCGUGGCAGUGGGCCGAGGGGAGGAGAGAGAGGAAGGAGCAGGGUCAGUGCGAUUACCAAGAGGAGCCAGUGGCAGUCAUCUAACUCCAUCAGCUAUACUCUACAGGGCAGCUAUCACACGCAAACAGCGCCGUGGUGUGUCUUCAGAGGAAGAAGAGGGAGAGGUGGAUAGUGAAGUGGAAUUACCAAGGAGACGACGGCCCACCAGUAUAACGAAGUGCCAGUCAGUGUCCACCUUCAGCUCAGAGAACCUGUCAGUCUCCGAUGGAGAAGAGGGACACACCACUGACCAUUCUCAUAGUGGUACACCAGACGUGGUCAGCACUAAUACGGACGAGCGAUUAGACGACCGCAGUGAUGACCUCAUCUCACAGGGUUCUGAAAUCCCUGCUGAUAUCACCGACCCCGCCCUGUCUGAGAAAGAGGCUGCCGCCCUUGAACAAGAAAGAGCUAACUUUGACCUGGAACAAAACAUCUUAGAGACACGUGCAUUGUGUGAGGAUUCAGAUUGUGACAGCGCCGAACUUGAUCAGUCAGGGAGCGGAGAACCAAGUCGCCCCCCGAGUGCAGGAGGCUGGGGUCAGGGUCCUCAGAACUAACACACACACAGAUGCUCGCACACAGCUCUGUGCAUUUGUACAUACUGUAUAUAUGUUCACUAAAACACCUACAGGAUGCCAGCACACUCACUCCUAUGUAGUGUCACUGAAACACCUGAUACACCACAUACAUACAGACACACAAACACACAUACACUUCCACUAUGAAAUCUACCUUUGGGCAUGUAACACAAACUGGUGAUGUAGAAUCAAUGUAUCAAAAAGCAACUGUUAGCCACUUUAAGAACAACACACCUUCAGAACUUGGUUAAAAUGAUACUGAAAUUCCAAAGACCAGGGCCCCAUACUUUAUAAAUGGCUCUCACAUUAACUAAACACAAAUCUGGGUGUUUGGUUCCUCAAAGCAAGUUCAAGGUUGGACGUGUACCUGCUGCAGUACAGGGUAACUUAGAGAAACUCAGGAUCUGUAGUAAUAAAACUUACCAUAAAGCCUAACAUGAAGCCAAAUAGUAAUUACACUUACUUUUAACUCAUUUGAAAAUGCAUGUGGUUAAAAUCUUAUCAGGUUACAAUCCAUACACAAGUCACAUUAGGCCUGUCACGAUCAUAAAAUUUUAGCUGAAGAUAAAUUUAAAUUGACUUAUUUUGAUGUGCUAUG